AUGACAACCCGCAAGCGCAACGAAUUCCUCGACAUCGUCUCUAGUGACGACGAAGACAACGACGCCGGAUACGACUCUGAAGCAGCCGAAGAGAGCAAAGGCCGGACAGUGAAAAGAAGAAAGACGCAGUCGCGGAAGGGCGAACUAGAAAGCGGCUCUGAAGACGAGGGCUCCGACGUAUCGGGAGGCGAGGAAUCAAGCGACGAAGAAACCGGAGGUGUACGCUUGUCCAGCAAGAAGCGAGAACAGCGCGAGGAGAGCGGAAACGAAUCAGACGAUAAUGACGACCAAGAGGGCCAAUACCUGGACGUGAGUGCCGAAGUGGAAAAGGCAAAGAGCAAGAAGACACUACAGUCUCUCGAUAAGCUGAAAACGAAGCCGACUAAGAAGAACAAGACGGGCGUUGUAUACUUCUCCUCACUCCCGCCGUACCUGAAACCGUUUGCGCUCAAGUCCCUCCUUGAGACCCGUGGGUUCGAGCCCAUUACGAAAGUUUUCCUUACGCCUGCGGUAAAGGCGCCUUCUGCGCCGAGAAGACGGUCGAAUAAGCGGAAGACGUAUACGGAUGGGUGGGUUGAGUUUGCGUCGAAGAAGACGGCGAAGAUCUGUGCUGAGACGCUGAAUGCGACGAUUGUGGGGGGGCGGAAGGGCGGUUGGUAUCAUGAUGGUAGGUUUGACACGACAUUGCGUGGCUUAGCUCUGCAGGCUAACAAGGUGAUUCUAGAUGUGUGGAAUAUGAAAUAUCUCAAGGGCUUCAAGUGGGCCGAUCUCAUGGAGCAGCAGGAGAGGGAGAGGUCGGAACGGGAGGCGAAGCGGCGAAUUGAAGACACGAGAGCAAGGAAGGAGGAGAAGGUGUUCUUGCAGGGCUACGAGAAGGGGAAGAUGCUGGACGGUAUCCAGAAGAAGAACGAGGAGAAGCGGCGACGGAAGAUGGCAGCUGGUGGUGGUGGGGAUGCAGGGCCAGAGGCAACAGUCAAUGCGCGGAGACUGUUCAGGCAAAACGAGGUCAAGCAGGGGCGGGACAAGGCGUCUGCUGACCAGAGCAACGUGGAGGAAGAUACUAGGAGGAUUCUGGGAAAGAUUUUCUAA